GCGUUCUGGAACGUUCUGUAUCUCAACACAGUGACGUAAACAUUGUAAAAGAUCUGGAUAUGAUGGGCCUUUAUUCCAGAUCCUCCAGUCAUCUGUUAGGUUCUCUCUCUUGGUUUGGGUCGUUUGUAAUUCUGGAAUUUUUAUUAAUCUGGAGUUAUAAUAUAUAUAGUUUAUAAUAAUAUAAUAAUUCGCAUUCUGGAACCUGAAUCUUUAAUAAAAAUUACAUCUGGGUCUUACGUUCUAUAAUUCACACUCUGCCACCUCAGUCUUCUAAUAACUCACAUCUACUGUAUAAUAAGUGACAUUGCUGAAGCUUCCAAAACUCACAUCUGGAUCCAUCUGGAGUCGUAUGAUCGGUCACGUUUUGGAUACUGAGAUCCUCCAGUCGCUGGGUUGUACCACUGACACCCAGUACAAUGCUGUUCUCGAAAAAAUCCGCGCUGAAGUCGAGAGGCGCCGGGAUCUCUCCGCACAGUCAGCAAAGAGAAAAUCAAUUAUCAGGGAGACUUACAAACCCCUUCAUCAGCACGUAUAUAGCUUACAGGAAUCCUACUUGGCUCCUGAGUUUGUAGAAAUCGUGAAGUACAGUCGUGGAGACGGCGCUAGCACAGACGGCAUGCUGGAGCUCAUCACCAUAGAGGCUGCACCCAGGGUGUAUCGUUUCCCGGUGUUCACACAGGAGUUCUGCAAUGAUCUGCUAGAAGAGCUGGAGCAUUUCGAGCACUCCGAGGCUCCAAAGGGUCGACCGAACACCAUGAACAACUACGGGAUCCUCCUGAACGAGCUCGGGUUCGACGAGGGUUUGAUUGCUCCGCUGAGAGAGCUGUACCUGAAGCCCCUGUGCGCGCUGCUGUACCCGGACUGCGGAGGGAAAUGGCUGGACAGCCACAAGGCCUUUAUCGUGAAAUACGCGCUGGGUGAAGACCUGGACCUCAGCUACCACUACGAUAACGCUGAGGUCACUCUAAACCUCUCACUCGGAAAACACUUCACUGAAGGCAACCUCUACUUCGGGGACAUGAGACAGGUGCCCUUGAGCGAGACGGAGUGUGUGGAAGUGGAGCACCACGUGACAGAGGCCUUGCUCCACCGUGGACAGCAGAUGCACGGCGCUCUGCCCAUCACAUCUGGGUGCCGCUGGAACCUGGUGAUUUGGAUGCGGGCGUCGCGCCAGAGGAACCGCCUCUGCCCCAUGUGCGACCGAACGCCACGACUGCAGCCUAGCGACGGCUACGGGGACGGUUUCACCCAGGAGGACGCUGGGCUGUGCGCUUUAACUUGAGUGUUUGUAAAGUUUAAAGGAGCGGUUUGGCUUUAUUAAGUGGGAGUUGCAAUGAAUGAAAGCAAACUGCAUUUUAUGCAAGCAUUGCACUGCAUAUCGUACUGUGUAUGACUGUGUAUGUGACAAAUAAAAUUUGAAUUCGAAUUUGAACUGUCACAUCCUGUAUACACCUUCUUAUGUGUUAAUGAAAAGGGUUCUGCGUCAAAAACAAAUGAAACACAAAAAUCCUCGGAUCACAUUGUAUUUGUAAAAUCUGCCAACUUCCUUUAGUUUGUUCAUUAAACAAGUCAACAAUCGCAUUCCUACAGCUUUAAGGCUUAAAUCUUCUGAAUCUUCUGACGUGUCACUUCAGGAUGUUUUUCCUUCAGCACCAUCGCCCUCAGGGACAUAAUGAUCAUCAUCAGACCAUAUCGUUUCCUCACUCGUUAUACAGUAUAUUUCAUUCUGUAAAGCUGCUUUGUGACGAUGACCGUUUGUUAAAUGUGAUAUAUAAAUAAAA